CCAUCGCACACGCUCACCCCUGGUUCGAGAUGGCGGCGGCGGCGGUGGACUCAGACUCUUGGGACUCAGACUCUUGGGACGCGGACACGUUCUCUAUGGAGGACCCGGUGCGGAAGGUCGCGGGCGGCAGCACUGCUGGCGGGGACCGCUGGGAAGGCGAGGACGAGGACGUGAAGGAUAACUGGGAUGAUGAUGAUGAUGAUGAUGAAAAUAAAGAGGAAGCAGAAGUCAAACCAGAAGUAAAAAUUUCAGAGAAGAAAAAAAUAGCAGAAAAGAUAAAAGAGAAAGAACAGCAGCAGAAGAAAAGGCAAGAAGAAAUUAAAAAGAGGUUAGAAGAACUUGAAGAAUCUAAAGUACUAACACCCGAAGAGCAAUUAGCAGAUAAACUCCGGCUAAAGAAAUUACAGGAAGAGUCAGACCUUGAAUUAGCAAAAGAAACUUUUGGUGUUAAUAAUACAGUUUAUGGAAUAGAUGCUAUGAACCCAUCUUCAAGAGAUGACUUCACAGAGUUUGGAAAGUUACUAAAAGAUAAAAUUACACAAUAUGAAAAAUCACUAUAUUAUGCCAGUUUUUUGGAAGCCUUAGUUCGAGAUGUCUGUAUUUCAUUGGAAAUUGAUGACUUGAAAAAGAUUACCAACUCAUUGACUGUGCUCUGCAGUGAAAAACAGAAGCAAGAAAAGCAAAGCAAAGCCAAAAAGAAGAAAGGCGUGGUUCCUGGAGGGAGAUUAAAGGCCACCAUGAAAGACAAUCUGGCAGAUUAUGGUGGGUAUGAUGGAGGAUAUGUACAAGACUAUGAAGACUUCAUGUGACAUUUUAUCUUCUGGUGUCUUCUUUCUUUUGCCCACAAUCCCUUCAACAUGUAGCACAACCUCCUUUCCUUUCAGUUCUGCCAAAUGCUACAAUCAGAAGUGCAGUAUCUUUUGUGCUGGUUAUUUAACC